GGUCCUAUAUUUAUAAAUAAAUCUUCUUCUGCCACACCACACACCCAUCUCACUCUCAAACACAAAACCCAAUGGAUCGUAGAAGUGUCCUUUCCUUAGCACUCAUCUGCAUUGUCGUCGCCGGCGUCGGAGGCCAGUCUCCGUCGGCCGCACCUACUAAAUCUCCGGCUGUCACCACUCCUUCUACAUCCCCGGCGACAGCCCCUUCCAAACCGAAAUCGCCGGCGCCAGUUGCUUCUCCCAAAUCAUCUCCACCAGCUUCGUCCCCCAAUGCUGCAACUGUAGCCCCCGUUUCGUCUCCAAAGGCGGCAUCUCCAGCUCCGGCGGCCAAUCCUCCGGCUUCACCACCACCUGCGGCGACACCUCCUGCUGUGACUCCAGUGAGCUCUCCACCAGCACCAGUUCCUGUGAGUUCCCCACCUGCUCCUGUUCCAGUGAGCUCGCCCCCAGCGAGCACUCCCCCUGCACCCGCACCCACAACUCCCGCACCCGUGGUAGCACCGAGCGCUGAGGUUCCCGCUCCGGCUCCUAAGUCUAAGAAGAAGACGAAGAAGGGUAAGAAGCACAGUGCUCCAGCACCUUCGCCGGCAUUGCUUAGCCCUCCUGCGCCACCAGUAGGAGCUCCGGGAUCCAGUGAGGAUGCUUCAUCUCCUGGGCCAGCGUCUUCUGAGAACGAGAAUGGAGCAGAAACCAUCAGGUGCUUGAAGAAGGUGAUAGGAUGCUUAGCUUUGAGCUGGGCUACCCUUGUUUUGAUGUUCUAGAGAUGAGGCUUUCAUUGCUGUUGUUACAUAGUAUUAUUGUAUCAUUUAUUUUCUUUUUUGGGCCUUGUCGGGGCUGACAUUAAAUUUAUUUGCCAUUGUUUCCUUCAAACUCUUAUUACUUUAUAAUUGAUGAUGUUGCUAUCAUUACUAUUA